UUUUACUCUAAUCUUUCGCAAUCGAUUAGUGUUUAGUAGCGUCAGCCGGUUUUAUCAGUUCAGUGGUUAUAGUUUUUAUUUACGCAGCAGCAGAAUGACCUUUUUGGAGUGGUUUGCAGCGAUUUUGAUUGGAGUACUUGGAAUCAACUAUUUGCUGGUGCGCAGAAAUCUGAAAUACGGCCAUCAAUGGCCUGGGCCGGCGGCAUUCCCACUCAUCGGUUGCUAUUAUCUCUAUUUGAACAAGAGUCCCGAAGAUGUGCUGAACUUUAUCUAUUCGAUGAACGUCCGUUACGGUAAGCUGUUCUGCGUUUGGGUCGGCACUCAGUUGGCUCUGUUUUGUACCAACACGCGUGACUCGGAAACCGUUCUCAGCAGCCAGAAGUUGAUUCGCAAAAGUGAACUGUAUAAAUUUCUCGUGCCAUGGCUUGGAAAUGGAUUGUUGCUGAGCACGGAUCAAAAGUGGUUCAACAAACGAAAGAUACUCACACCGGCCUUUCACUUCAAGAUCCUGGAGCAGUUCAUUGAAGUUUUUGAUCGGCAAAGUGGCAUACUUGUACGGAAGUUAAAACCGGAGGCAAAUGGGCAGCUGGUUAAUAUUUAUCCGUACAUAACGCUGGCUGCUUUAGAUAUCAUUUGCGAGACUGCUAUGGGAACUCCUAUCAACGCACAGACGGAUAGUGAAUCGAAAUACGCUAAAGCAGUCACUGAAUUAAGCUACUUGUUAGCUGGUCGUUUUGUAAAGGUUUGGCAAAGAUCAGAUUUCCUUUUCAAUCUAUCGCCCGAUAGAAGACGUCAAGAUAAAGUUAUCAAAGUGCUGCACGACUUCACCACUAAAAUCAUACAGUCUCGGCGACAAGAAUUGUUAGCAAGUGGUGAUCAAGGCAUCGAUGGAGACGAAAGUAUUGGAAGUAAAAAGAAAAUGGCGUUUUUGGACGUCUUGUUGCAAGCCACUAUCGAUGGACGUCCAUUGACAGACAAGGAAAUUCAGGAAGAAGUAGACACCUUUAUGUUUGAAGGACAUGAUACGACAACCAUUGCAAUUGCCUUUACUCUUCUGCUAUUGGCUCGGCAUCAGGACAUUCAAGAAAAAGUUUACAAAGAAGUGACAGAAAUCAUUGGUCCAAACUUAGAUACUGCGGUUACUUAUCGCAACUUACAAGACAUGAAGUACUUAGAAAUGGUAAUUAAGGAGUCGCUUCGUUUGUAUCCACCAGUGCCUAUAAUUGGUCGUAAAUUUACAGAAAAAACUACAAUCGAUGGAAAAACGGUCCCGGAGGAUUCCAAUUUCAAUCUAGGCAUCAUUUUGAUGCACCGUGAUCCAGCACUUUUUGAGGAUCCGGAACGGUUUGAUCCCGAACGUUUUAACCCGGAAAGAACUAUGGAACAAUCAUCUCCCUACGCAUACAUUCCCUUCAGCGCUGGACCACGAAAUUGCAUAGGUCAAAAAUUCGCUAUGCUGGAACUUAAAAGUACUCUGUCGAAGGUGAUUCGGCACUUCCGGCUUACCGAAGCAGGACCGGAACCAAAGUUAAUUAUUCAAUUGACUCUUAAACCGAAAGAUGGGUUGAAGAUAGCUUUUGUCCCACGGACUUAAACGUUGCCUAUUGGCCGGUAUAUACGCACAGACUGCUGGA